AUUUGAUAGGGUGUAUCCAUCAAACAUUUUCCAAUAUAUAAACAAAAACAAGACCAUUACCCAACCAAACAAAAAUGGAACAAGAAGACACAGUAGUGUUGUAUCCAGCCCCAGGCAUAGGCCACAUUGUAUCCAUGGUUGAGCUUGCUAAGCUUCUCCAAUUACAUGCUCAUUCAAUCACAAUUCUUCUCACCACGGGUCUCCUUGACCACCCCUCUAUCGACACCUACAUACACCGAAUCUCCAUCUCUCACCCUUCAAUCUUCUUCCACCGCCUCCCCCACACAUCACUCUCCACCACCACCACCGUGAGCAUGGCCGCCAAAGCCUUCAACUUCAUCAACAUAAACACCCCCAACGUAGCCACCACCCUCACCCAAAUCACCAAAUCCACCAAUAUCAAAGCCUUCAUAAUCGAUCUCUUCUGCACCUCCGCAAUGGAACCGGCUUCUUCAUUGGGAAUCCCCGUCUACUACUUCUUCACCUCCGGCGCCGCCGUUCUCUCGCUUUUCUCUUACUUUCCAAAACUCCACCAAGAGACCCACGUGUCGUUUAAGGAUAUGGUCGGGGUAGAACUGCGCGUGCCGGGCAACGCGCCGCUGAGGGCCGUGAACAUGCCGGAGCCAAUGUUGAAGAGGGACGACCCUGCUUACUGGGACAUGCUGGAGUUCUGCACGCGCCUUCCGGAGGCGCGUGGGAUCAUCGUGAACUCGUUUGAAGAGCUGGAGCCUGUGGCGGUUGAUGCCGUCGCGGACGGCGCGUGCUUUCCAGACGCGAAACGUGUGCCUGGUGUGUACUACAUAGGACCACUCAUCGCUGAACCCCAACAAUCAGAUGUAACAACGGAGAGUAAACAAUGUUUGUCAUGGCUUGAUCAACAACCAAGUAGAAGCGUGGUGUACCUGUGUUUUGGAAGCCGUGGAUCGUUCUCAGUGUCACAACUGAGAGAAAUAGCAAAUGGGUUGGAGAAGAGUGGCCACAGUUUCUUAUGGGUCGUGAAGAGGCCAACACAAGACGAAAAAACAAAGCAGAUUCACGACACAACAACAACAACAACAACAAUGGAUUUCGAUUUGAGUUCGGUGUUGCCAAGUGGGUUCAUCGAGAGAACCAAGGACAGGGGCCUGGUGGUGAGCUCGUGGGCCCCACAAGUGGAGGUGCUGAGCCGCGGCUCGGUGGCUGCGUUCGUGAGUCACUGCGGGUGGAACUCGGUGCUGGAAGGGGUGGUUGCCGGGGUGCCAAUGGUUGCAUGGCCGCUGUACGCGGAGCAGCACGUGAACAUGCACGUGAUGGUGGGUGAGAUGAAGGUGGCUGUUGCGGUGGAGCAAAGGGAAGAAGAUGGGUUCGUGAGUGGGGAGGAAGUGGAGAAGAGAGUGAGGGAGGUGAUGGAGUCAGAGGAGAUUAGGGAGAGGAGUUUGAAGCUGAAAGAGAUGGCUUUGGCUGCAGUUGGGGAAUUUGGAUCCUCUAAAACAGCACUUGCAAAUUUGGUUCAAUCAUGGACUACUCAUGUGUAACAUUUUUUUUUAUCAUUAAAAAUUGAAAGACCAAAAAAACAAAACAAAAGGCAUGAUAUUUACAAUAAUUCACGCAUAUGUCUUGAUAUUCUGAUAUAUCCUAGUGUUGUAAAACUGCUUUGUGUUCUCAAGUGGGUUUAAACUAUGAUUACUUGGAUUGUAGUUUGUAUGUUAGUGGCAUUAAUAAUGUUGAAGUGGUUAAUAUCAUCUUUCUAAAUAUGUAUAUCAAAUUUGAUAUAAUUUAGAUAUUCAUUAUUAUAUUA